AUGACCGGUUGUAAAAGUUUAUAUUUUAUUUGCUUGGAAUAUUGCGUUUUACGUUUGGAAAAUUAUUCUAGAAAUUUAACGGAAAAUGAAAGAGGUUCAAUAGCAGAAGAUUUAUUAAAUUACGCAUAUCAAAAAUCAAAUUUAGAUAAAAAUAAAAAAAAAAUAUGGAAAGACGAAUGGAAAAUUUUUUUCACGAGUAAAAUGAAAUUCGUCACACUCGUAUGGGACGACGAUUUGAUCGGUUAUGUUGGUAGAAUUUGCAAGAAUCUCGAACUGUGUAAAAUUGUCGGAAUAAAAAGAUUCACGGCUGAAACGAUUUUAGAAUUGCCAAAAAGUUUAAAAAUUUUAGAUUUCGACGGUGAAUUGAUAAGAAAAAAUGAAAUUAUUAAAAGAUUGAUAAUAAACGAUGACGUAUUACAAAGUUGGCUACCCCAAUCAGAAACUUUAUUAAAGAAAUUGUUGAUCGUUCAAUCGCGUCCUUUAAAUUUUCAAUCAUCAUCAAACGAGUCAUUUAUUACUCACGCACAUUUGGGUAAUUUAAAAAUCUCCGCAUUAGACAUACAAAUAAUAAUAAAAAAUUGUCCGAAUCUUGUUUUGUUACGUCACUAUCAAAUGGUUGCUGCUCUUUAUCAAAUGCAUAACGAAACGUGGAAGAAGAAUAAAAACGAUACUAAAACCUUACCUAAAUAUCAUUUGAAAAAUUUAGAUGUUGAUUUUUCACACGUGGUCAGGUUUAGAAUGUCACCCAAAUGGGUUCUUUCGCCGGAUGCUCUUCAACUGGCAACAUUAUUAUGUCCAUCUGCUACGAGCAUACGAGUUCGUUUUGAUUGCAGCACACCUCAUGAUGUUCUAUCAUCUUUGGAAACUUUGAAAAAGAUAAAAGAUUCAGUUAUCGAAGAUAUAGAUAUUCACGUCAUUAUAAACAAUUGCGUCAAAUUGGAAACCAUCGUGCUAAGCGGUUGCGGAUUUGUUAUGCCACCAACGUGCGAAAGUUUCGAUUGUAAAAAAUAUAAAAAAGGAAUUUUUAAAAAGCUUAAAAAUUUAUUUUAUGCGGAUGGUGAUGAUUUUAGUUGGGAUCACGGAGUACCCGAUUGUUUUUGGAAAGCGACAUUAUGCUCUUCCGGUAUAUCGAGUCCUUGUAAACUUCAAAGUAUAUUUUUAGAAUAUCCAAAAAUUACAUCUUCUUUCAUAAAAGAAAUUAUAGAAUCAAAUAAAGAUUGGUCAUCUGAUCGUUCACCGUUUCCGGAUCUUGAAAUUUUAAGCUUGUGUAGAUUUCACGAGUUAACAUACGAUGACUUGGCGUAUAUUUGCGGUCUUUUACCAAAAAUAAUAAAACCGAGUAGAAAUUUAAAAUAUAUAAGAUUAUCCGAAUGUGAAAAAAUUGAUAAAAAUGAUGAUAAGAAAUUAAUAAGAUGGUUUAAAAGUUAUGGAAUCGAUUUGAAGAUUGACGUUGACAAUUAA